CCACGCCCCUGAAGGACACCUGGAAAAGUUAGAUAGGGGUUUUGGAUGGAUUUGGAUUUGCUUCUGCUUUGUGAAAAACACCUCAUGUUUGGGGACGCUUCUAAUUUCAACCCAGGCCCGCUUUGGCAGUGCAGAUAGGAUGUGAGAGGGAGAGAAAGGACCACAAGAUGUGAUCAGGACGCUGGCCCAAGAUGGCUUUUCGACUCAGGUCGCAUGUUGCCUUUUAUGCCACUUGUUGGCCUGCUUUAUGCACAUUUCCGGCAGUGGCUUCCUUGAGACUUAUGAGUGGACUGGUGAAUCAGCGGCCUCCAAAUACAUUUGUUCUUUGUAUUGGGCGAUGACGACUGUCACCACUGUUGGCUAUGGUGACAUCAUUCCCCGGUCAGAUGAAGAGAGGAUAUUCACCAUGGCGGCAAUGAUUAUUGGAGGGGCCUUCUAUGGCUACGUCGUAGGUAAUAUCUCCGUGAUUUUGGCCAGCAAUGAUGUGAACUGGCGAGCGCACAAGGAGCGACUGGAAAUCAUUGAUGCCUGGAUCUCCCACCACCGCUUCCCUGCACAACUACGACGGAGGAUUUGGGCGUUUUUCAAAAUGGCCGUCAGUCAUCAGGUGGUUUGGGAUGAUGGUGUGGUGUUCGCGGAACUUUCUUCUGAGCUUCGUGAAGAAGUAGCCAGCUACUUGAUUCAUCCGGAGCUUCAACGGAACCUAAUUUUCCGCGGAGUGCCAACGAGCAUCAUGAUUCGGAUUGUCAGCAUCCUACAACAAGUCACAGUGAGAAAAGGUGAGCAGGUUGUACCUGAUGGGCGAUUUCAAUUUGGCAUGUUCAUCGUGCUGGAUGGCACAGCGAUUCUCGAGAAAGACAUCGAUGCCCCUGAGGGAAAUGAGUUCAGUAUCUUCAGUCGGGACAUCCUCACUGCACAGGCAGGCAAGAGGCUGACCGAAGUCUUGAGAAGAACUGAUAGCUUUGGAGAGGAGGUCCUUCUGGGUCUCAAGUCACAGUACGAAUAUACAGUGACGCCCUCAAGACGCACUGUGAUGCUGCUACUUCCACGAGAUCAGUUCAUGGAACGCUGCAGCGGCAUGCCAGAAGUCUUCACCAUUAUGAGGACCAAUUUCACCAGCUAACCACUGGACACCACGUCUGGGGGUUUGGAUGUCAGGCUUUCCGACCGGCAACAACCGGAUGAACGAUUGUCAGAAACGAGAAUUAGUGCUCGCAUGAAUUGUUUUUUUCCUUCAGUUUCUUGGCUUGCGCUCAGAAAAGACUGUGUAAGCAAGCUCAUGGGAAGCACGUGGUCAGGAG